UUCCACAAUAUCCGUCCACCUCUGCGCCUAUAUAAAGCACCACUCGCCACUUCCGCUACAGUCUCAUUUCUCACCUUGUAACGAACAAACCAUCAAAAAUGACGAGUGUAUUUUCCUCCACCGUUCUCGUUCUUUUACUUUUCGUAGCCCACAGAGGCAAUACGUUGGACUGCUUCACCUGCAAUUCUAAUGACAACCCACACUGCCCGUACGAGGGCUUUGACGAGGGCAAGUACACAAAGAGCAUGAUGAACUGCAGCAUGUCGACGCAAGAGACAAUGAACUCUGUUCAAAAAUUACUGUACCCUGGUUUCCAUGAGGAAAGAGUGGCUCCGCUCGGCUCCAGCCCAAUUGCAGACGAGAGAUGCGUCAAGUUCACAGCCAGCAGUCCAAACAUUCAAAAGCAAGUGACUUUCCGAGGGUGUUUCUUCAACGGUCACUACUCUUGCAAGCACAUUGAGGGGGUCUUGGGCGAAGCUGGGGCCAAGCUGGUGCAGUGCGACCUGUGCAAACACAAGCACUACUGCAACAGCUCUUACAACCUUCAAUUUUCUCUGCUCUCCGUCCUUGGAGCCCUUGUUGUCCUUAUGACGUGGAGUCAUUGAUACAAAAAUAUUGGUCUUUUUAAAUUCAAAGACAAAUUUUACUCAAUUUAAGUUCAAACGACUGUAUAAUAUACCAAUAUAACUCACAUCGGUAUCUUAAAAGCAAAUGUCAAUGCAAUAAAUAUAUAUAGUGUUUUGAUUUUA